AUGUCAUCCAAGCCUCAACAAAAUCCGGGUCUAGCUUCAGACACCACAUCUAAAUUGGGUGCUAAUGAAACAAAGCCCAAGAUGUUUGACAAGGAAGGUGCCAUUGGUCAACAUUUUACAGAGGAGGGUGCUGUCGGGGGGAUGGCCCAAAAAAUAGGAGGCCCUUUCGACAAAGAGGGAAUGAUUGGUGAGCAAUUCACCGCAAAGGGGGCUGUGGGGGGUACAGUUGAAUCGAUGAUGGGCGGAAAGAAGCGCGCAUGA